GUGGGGCAGCCCCAAACAAAACACCAUGGUCCGCCGCGUCCAGACCCAAGCUAGGGACGGCAGCACGCCCACCAAAGUCGCGACCUUCGACAAGAGGGACCCGCCGAACGCCAUCAGCCAGGCGUCGCCGGACAAGGCAGGCAGCACUGCGCCAAAAGUACUGCGGGUGCACAAGAACGAGCCCGUCUACGAAGUAGAUGACGCUAGAGCCAGUCGUGUGGCUGCGGAGGCUGAUGGUCAUGCUUUAUAUGCGAAACGACUCGCUGAGGAUUUGUGCCCGGCGCAGCAGCGCUGUAGGUACUCCUUCUCCACCGAUAAGGUAGUGACGUUCUGCACGUCGUGUCAGGACGGCGCCGCGCAGAUCCGGUGUUUGGCCAUCCGAGGCAAGAUCGGCGUGGCUGCAAGCAAGGAUUUCAGCAAGUGGAGACAAUGCAGCAUGUGCUCGAAGCCGUACGAGGGCAUUGUCAGAAUAGCUCUAGCUCGAGCCUGCUGGGCGACCUAUGCGGACAGGGAGACGCACGACCCGUGCCGCGUCAAUGCGUUGGCGCUGGCCGCGAAUGAGAUAUUUGCCGCGGGGGAACCGGCCGAGGCGGAGCCGCUCCACGAGGCUCUGUUAGAUGUGGUCUCGUCGGGGCCGUUCCCCGAUUCUACUCUGGCAACUGCCAUGGGCGCGCUGGCGGGGUGCUACGACGCGACCGGUCGUUCCGCGGAGGCGCGGUUGUUGCGGGAGGCCCUCGCUGCGAGGCAGGGGGCGGCGACGGGGUAGUUUCUUUUCGGUCUAAGGUUAUAUCUCGA